AUCUAGCCAUCUCCUCUGUCCAGAUCCUGAGUUCCACCUACCUUACCUGGGUUGACUCUCCCGGUCCAGCUGCUGGCCAUCACUUCUACCUAUACUUUUAAGCGUUACAUGGAUUCGCCCCGCUAAUGUCUUGACACAGCUCCCGUCUGUCCAAAACUGCUUGCUGGAUUGGUCUGAGCCAUGGUAAGCAGGCUCCCUUGAGGUGCCCACCCUCUACCACCUCACUUAGCCCUGCGGACCUUGUUGGACGCCGUCUCUACCGUAGCCAUGGCCAUGCUACUGCCCAUGGGCAUUCUCGAGAACACGCGCGAGAUAUACGCCGAAGUGGCGCUCUAUGACACUGUCCCUCCGGAGAACAUAUGGCAGUACUGGAAAGCAUACACCACCAUAAACCGACGGCUUGUUGAUCCUACCGCAUAUCGCCUUGAGAAUUUCUGGUGGCAUGUCUUAGGCAGCGACAGGCGCAACCUGAAAGGCCCUGCCCUGGCUAAGCUCUUUGAGCAUUUUACUACUGGGUCGACAUUUGUACCUUUGAAGGGGCCUUCGAAUCGAUUUGACGGUCCUCUGCGGUCAAGGGUAGUUCGGCCAGACCUAAACAGCCUCAACUCUGGCGGGUCCGAGCAAAAGGGCCUUGGGAACGAGCAAGAUGGGUCACUACAAGGGAAAUUGAAGUCCCCAACCCCGUCGUCAUCGAGGCCGCCUCCGCCCCAUCCAAUACUGAAGAAGAGCCGAGGGCCUUCUACCACGGGACCGAGGCCCACUGCUCGAUUUGUCUCGCCACCGCCUUCUGAUGGCGAGGAUGACAAGGACGGUUGCGAGUCGUCCGGUAGUACGGCUGUAGCAUCGUCGGAUUUUGCGCCGUCAGACAUGCCCUCGGCACUACUUCCGCCUACGCAACCGCAGGAAGCGGCUGCUCCGGCGAUGGCGCCGGCAGCGACGACGACGACGACGACGAUGAUGGGAGGUUCAGGAGGAGAAAUACGGCCGCCUCCAACCCCAUCACCAGCCAAGGGAAGGAAAGGCUCCACCCCCACAUUUAAGAAGAUUGUGGCUAGCACCGCGGUUUCGAAGAGAAGGCCAGUGCUUCCACGCAGACAGGGCUCGCAGUCGUCUGCGGGCUCGGAUAUCAGUCUGCGCGACGCUGCCCCUGUAGUUUUGACGAGGUUUUCUGGGAAUCAGCAACUGUCCGGACCGGGCCCCACAGAAAAAGAGAGACGGGGUUCUCAAGAAGGCUCAAUGCCUUCGCCAUCUCAUAGCAACCAGGCAGUGGCGCUAAGUGCCAAAGCGUCAGGGAAGCAACCUGCGAGCACCCCGAGCAAGUCUGCCACUCCUCGGAUUAGCCCCGCUCAGACGGAUGGCCACCACGAUCGGCCAGUGGUGGAUUGGGUCGCCCCGGAAAGAAGAUCUAGCGCCGCCUCACUUGAGGCACCUCAAGGCCGCAGAGGCAGUCGGAGACCUGCUGCUGGGCUUUUGAUGGGCCAGGCACCCGGGAUAAUGGUACCUCGCAUGGAGCGCUCCCGCUCAGAUAUGGAGUCUCCCCGGCACUCUGGGAAAAUCGGCCUCGGUCGGCCGUUGAUCGCGACAAGUGUUGUUGGAACCUCUGAUGCGACAGCCCAGGGGCUCAUCGGCUCAGACAACGCGACGUAUAACACAAUAGACUCGGAAACCCGGGAUCUCCCGGAUCGGAUACGGCUGGCAUCGCAACCCUCAUCUCAGGUGCUGCUUGAUAUGCCUUUCAAACCGACGCCCCGGAAUCCAGCACCGCCUGUCCCAUUUGGGCGGUCCAAGAGCGAGCUUACCCUCCUCCUGGAGCGGGGAAAGACCCACAACGAUGGCUAGUAUCCCGGUCGCUUGUCUUUCCUCUCGGUUUGGGGAAGCUCCCCAAGACUUCUGGCGAAGGAGGACCACUUUCAACAAUGGAUGUGAUAUAGGUGCAUUCGGUGGUGUCGGGGGGGAUUUGGUGGCGCUUGCAGAGGCUUCUAGGCUUGAAUUUACCUGCAUUUCGAAGGGCAUAAAGCGACUUAGCAUCCUAGACG